AUGUCGACACCGACGACAGCCACUGCGACGCUGCCUCAAUAUUCCAGCUUCCACCCGUUUUCACACCAGUCGUCCUACUUGCAGGCUCUACCUGCUCCAUAUUCCCAGGUCUCGACCUCGACGGGAAUCCAUCUUCCUCCACCGGCAGCGAUGACGAACGGGGUGGCCGUGUCGAGCCAUGCUCGGGCGCCGCUCUAUUCCAGCAGCUCGUCGCAGUCGCACUACGCGUCUGUAAGAGACAUCGAAGGGCCAGGCCCAGUACACGGCACGUCCUUGGCCGAAAACCCGACACAGACCAGCACCACAGCCACGGCUGCACCCUCACGGUCGCCCGAGGGUACGUUCUCGCGAAAACGACGUCGGUCUGGCCCUCCGGACUGGGAGUCAUUUUACAAGAACGGCCUGCCGCAGGAGGCGGCCAACGUGGAUGGAGAACAGCACUCGGCCAAAAAGCGGAGGCGGCUCGACGAGUCGCUGUCGACGACCAGCACGCUGGUCGCGAGCGGCCGCUACGACCCCGUCUACAAUUAUCCUCAGCCCAGCGGGUCGACAGCGUCCAGCGAGCGGACCAAUUCCAACUCGUACGCCAACGCUGCCGCGACAGCCGCAAAUACCGCAACGUCGUCGCUCGCGUCAACCCGUGGCUACCCGGCGGCCUACGAGGCCACGGCUGCCAGCCAGAAGCUGAGGAGGACCACCCGCCAGCAGGCGGCAAACGAAUCCAAGAAGAGAGACCCGGACAUGACUGUGAUGGGCCUUGCCUUUACUCACUAUCGCCCACCUCCUCUUCCGCCCGUCAAGGCACCGGAGGUAGAGGUCAAAGUGAUCCAUGACGCACGUUACGACAAGAGCGUCAAGGUCGACGACGAGGACGGCCAUUACAUUGUUGUGCCAGACGCCGACCUGACCGAACGCUACCAAUUGGUCAAGCUGCUCGGCCAAGGCACUUUCGGCAAGGUCGUGCAGGCCCGUGAUCGUCGGAGCAAGAAGCUGGUGGCUAUUAAGAUCAUUCGAUCUGUGCAGAAAUACCGUGAUGCGUCCCGCAUAGAACUACGUGUUCUCGAGACGCUCAAAGCCAACGACCGGGAGAACCGGAACCGCUGCAUCCACCUGUUCGAAUGCUUUGACUUCCGCGGACACAUUUGCAUUGUGAUGGACCUUUUGGGCCAGAGCAUCUUUGACUUUCUGAAGGGCAACACGUUUGUUCCAUUCCCCAACAGCCAGAUACAGAGUUUUGCACGGCAGCUCUUCACCAGCGUUGCAUUCUUGCAUGAUCUACAACUUAUCCACACGGAUCUGAAGCCUGAGAACAUCCUACUCGUCGACGCAAACUACCAGACAUUUACAUACAACCGCAAAAUCCCGUCGUCUUCUACGAUUGUAGCGCGGCAAGCCUCACAGCGAAGAGUGCUUCUGGACACGGAGAUACGGUUGAUUGACUUUGGGUCUGCCACAUUCCAAGACGAAUAUCACUCUUCUGUCGUGUCGACGCGCCACUACCGGGCGCCAGAAAUCAUACUCGGCCUCGGCUGGUCGUUCCCGUGCGACAUCUGGAGCAUAGGCUGCAUUCUUGUGGAGUUCUUUACGGGCGAUGCACUCUUCCAGACCCACGAUAAUCUCGAACAUCUAGCGAUGAUGGAAGCGGUGUGCGACUGCCGCAUCGAUGCGCACCUCGUACAGCAGGUGACCAAAUCACCUCGACACGGAGGCAACCCGGCGUCAAAAUACUUCAAAAGGGCCAAGCUUAACUACCCGACGACAGAAACGACGCGGGCAUCCCGGAGAUUUGUCAAGGCUAUGAAGAGGUUAAAUGACAUCAUCCCACGCAGCAAUAAUUUCUUGAAGCAGUUCCUGGACCUGCUCAAGCGCAUUUUUGUGUACGACCCAGCCAAGCGGAUCACGGCAAAGGAGGCGCUGCUACACCCUUGGUUCCGGGAGGUGGCGCUUCAGGACGACGGGACGGUGGCGGCAAAGAUCCGGCAAGAGCGGGCGGCAGCGUCCAGCUGA